GACAAAUUGGAGGCCUGCAUGUAAUUCAGUCAACUGACCGAUUGACCAGCCAUCUCUUGAUGCAUCCCUUCCCUUAUAUUCUUCAACUCUCUCCAUCAGAGCCUAGAAGAACUAUACUCUCACUUGGAGUUUGCAUCGGCUGGUUGUUGAUUUGGAGCACGGAUAAGGAAGGAAAGAGUAUCAUCCGAUCCAAUGGGGAACUGCUGCAAGGGAUCUGCUAAGUGCGCCAAUGCCUCCACACCAUUUGAAUCGAAGGUCACAACGAACAGCAGCACGUCCAAUAGCUCGAUAGGCAUGGCCGCCGCCAAGCUGGUGUCACGCCGCAGAGGCGGUAGCUCCUCGGCCUUGUCCGGCCAGCUGCCACGAGCCGACUCCGACGUGAAGUCGUUCAGCUUGAGCGACCUCCGCGCGGCGACCAAGAACUUCGGUUCCAACUCGUACCUGGGUGAGGGCGGGUUCGGGUGCGUGUACAAGGGUUGGAUCGACGAGGCGACGCUGGCCCCGACCAAGCCCGGCGUGGGCAGGAUGGUGGCCAUCAAGAAGCUCAAGAAGGAGAGCUUCCAGGGCCACAAGGAGUGGCUGGCCGAGGUGACGUACCUGGGCCAGCUCCACCACGAGAACCUGGUCAAGCUGGUGGGCUACUGCUCCGACUCGGAGAACAACAAGCUGCUGGUGUACGAGUACAUGCUCCGCGGCAGCCUGGAGAACCACCUCUUCCGGCGGGGCACCCAGCCGCUGUCGUGGGCGAUGCGCGUGUCCAUCGCGGUGGACGUGGCGCGCGGGCUGUUCUUCCUUCACGGCCAGGACAACCCCGUCAUCUUCCGCGACCUCAAGUCCUCCAACGUUCUUCUCGACUCCGAUUACAGGGCGAAGCUGUCGGAUUUCGGGCUGGCGAGGAACGGGCCGACGGGGGACAAGAGCCACGUCUCUACCCGUGUCGUCGGCACCCGCGGCUACGCGGCGCCGGAGUACAUCGCGAAGGGGCACCUGUCAGUGAAGAGCGACAUCUACAGCUUCGGCGUGGUGCUGCUGGAGCUGCUGACGGGGCGGCGCGCGCUGGACGAGGCGCGCGGCGCGGCGGCGGGGACGCUGGUGGACUGGGCGCGGCCGCAGCUGGGCGAGCGCCGGAAGGUGAUCCGGAUCAUGGACACCAGGCUCGGCGGGCAGUACCCCAAGAAGCAGGCGCAGGAGGUGGCCGCGCUCGCGCUGCGGUGCCUCCAGUACGACCCCAAGAACCGGCCCGGCAUGGCCGAUGCCGUCCUGCCGGAGCUCGAGCUGCUGCUGCAGCAGCAGAACCACCACAAGUCCCCCUUCUCCUCGUCGACGGCGUCUUCCAGAUCCAACACGUCGACGCCGCCGGUGCACGGAUCGGGCCGCCACUCCAAAUCCAAGGGCUAGCUUAGCUAGCAAGGUGUUUGUUUGUUCGUUCGUUUGACGAGUUCACCGUGUACAGAGUGAGAGUUGAACACUGCCGUGUUGGGUUCCUUGGUUUGAUACAGUUGCUAGAUCAUAUCAUCAUAGUAGGACAGUCAGAAUCAGACAGCCGAUAGUAGCUUGUUGUGUGAAUGGAUCAUAGAUUUCUUUUC